CAGUCGGUCCGUCCGGUCCCCGGGGCGUGAGGAGCGGCGUUGGCGGCCCAUCGCGAUGGCCCCGGCCGCGGACCGAGCCGGCUACUGGGGCCCCACCACGUCCACCCUGGACUGGUGUGAGGAGAACUACGCCGUGUCCUUCUACAUCGCCGAGUUCUGGAACACUGUGAGCAACUUAAUCAUGAUCCUCCCGCCCCUGUACGGAGUCGUCCAGACCUUCAACGAUGGCCUCGAGAAGCGCUACUUAGCAGCCUACUUAGGUGUCACAGUGGUGGGCCUGGGAUCCUGGUGCUUCCACAUGACUCUGCAGUACGAGAUGCAGCUCUUGGACGAACUGCCCAUGAUCUACAGCUGCUGCGUCUUCGUCUACUGCAUGUACGAGUGUUUCAAGGUCAAGAAUUCAGUCAAUUACCCGCUGAUCUUCCUGCUGGUCCUGUUCAGCUUGAUAGUGACCGUGGUCUACCUGAGAUGGAAAGAGCCUGUAUUUCACCAGGUCAUGUACGGCGUGCUGGUCGCCAGCUUAGUGCUGCGCUCCGUCUACAUCGUCACCUGGGUGUACCCUUGGCUCCGGGGGCUAGGCUACACGUCCUUGGGAAUCUUCUUACUGGGUUUCCUCCUCUGGAACAUAGACAACAUCUUCUGUGAAUUCCUGAGGACCCUGCGGGCGUCCAUGCCGCCGGUGGUGGGGGCUGUGACCCAGCUGCACGCCUGGUGGCAUAUCCUCACUGGCCUCGGCUCCUACCUGCACAUCCUAUUCAGUUUAUACACAAGGACUCUUUACCUGAGAUACAGGCCUAAAGUCAAGUUUAUUUUGGGGAUCUGGCCUGUGAUCCUGGUUGAGUCUCCCAAGAAACACUGACGGUGGGCGGCCCAGCGGAGAAGAUGGGGGACCCCCUGCCGUCAGCCCGGACGCUGAGGGGGGACCUCCGCUCUUCCAGCCAGUGAGAUCACGGCGCUGUCUGGGGCGGCCAGAGGACGGGCCCGGGACCUCCAUCGCGCUGCCCCCGGGCCGGUCCUGAGGGAUGGGCAGCCCCUACGGCAGGGAGGGGCUGGGGGCUGCCCCUAUAUACCUGUGGGAUCCUUUGCCCCUUUUAGAGGCAGAAGGUCCAGUGUCCUAGUAUCCGCUGGCACGUGGGAGACUGAGGUGGCCAAA